AUGAUCCAGAUUACAGGGGUCUACACUAACGAGGUCCUGACCAACAUGAUCCAGAUUGCCGGGGUCUACACUAACGAGGUCCUGACUAACAGGAUCCAGAUUACCGCGGUUCACACUAACGAGGUCCUGACCAACGGAAUCCAGAUUACCGGGAUCUACACCAUCGAAGUCCUGACCAACAUGAUCCAGAUUACCGGGGUUCACACUAACGAGGUCCUCACCAGCAGGAUCCAGAUUACCGGGGUCUACACUAACGAAGUCCCGACCAAAAGAAUCCAGAUUACCGGUAUCUACACUAACGAGGUCCUGACCAACAGGAUCCAGAUUACCAGGGGCCACACCAACGAGGUUACAGUUAAUAACAUAUGUGCACUGCACGGUUAA